GGAUUUACGACUCUUCUUGGCUGAUGAUAAGAAAAGGAAGCAGUGCCUGCAGGAUAAAUUACUUUACACUCUUGCUGACUUUUAUGUUCCGAUUAAAACUUCCUUUCAAAGAAUAGGGUGUCUCCUCUCAGCUCGAGACAAUAAUAGUUUACUUAAAAAAAAAAAAAAAACCUCUGCCGUUCACCUCUGGAUAAUUAAAGUUCCUGCUCUUUUUUAUAUUUCCAAGGACUUGAUUGUUUCAAGAAUAAACAGCUUUCAUUUAUAGCACACAUAUACCGCGUGCACACCGAGAAGGAGAGUGAUUUUGUUAUUUGGCUCUCUGUAGAGACACACUCUGUGCUCGGCACUUCUGCCAUGGCCCUGGUGAGGUUCAAGGAAUUGGGGGAAGAUGAACUGAACUUAGAAGAAGAGAACCUAGACAGCGUCAAGGCCUUGACGACAAAGUUGAAGCUACAGACACGGCGCCCAUCUUACCUAGAAUGGAAGGCCCACGUGCAAAGCCCCUCCUGGAGAAAUGGGCUGCGGGCUGGAGCGCUGAAGACCCACCUGGAGAAGCAGGGCGAAGAGGCAGUGGGAGAAGAGAAUCAAGCCCAGGGACCCUUGAAGGCUGUUUGUGGAUUCCCCACCAUUGGUAUGGCCUUUGAAUGGCUUCGGAUGGAACUGAGGAAGAUGCAGGCCAUGGACCACCAGCUGGCACGGCAGCUGAUGGGGCUGCGGGCCCAGAUCCACCAGCUGAAGGUGGAGCAGGCCUGCCAUCGCCACAAAGAGAUGCUGGAUGACGCCACCUUUGAACUGGAGGGCUGUGAGGAGGACUCGGAUCUGCUCUGCAACAGUCCCCCCAAGAUGGCCUUCCUCUUGUCUACCCCUCUCAAGCACAUUGGAGUCACCCGCAUGAACAUAAACUCCCGCCGUUUCUCCUUGUGCUGAUGGACCUUUACCCCUUUGCAUGCUUGCUUGGCGCUUGUGGCUGUUGGCAGCCAGGGAGUAUCUUGGCCCCCAUUGCCUGCACCUGUAGAUUUUGUGCCCGUGUAGAGCAACUGGUGUCUCACCUGGCUGAUCUGCUCUGGGCUCAGGAAUGUAUCCGGACAGGCAACCUCAGGGAGGUGAGCUGGGAGACAAAACACAUCCUCUCAGGAAGGGAAGUUUUGCUUCUUAGGAAAAGGAGAUGAAAAGCAGAGAGCAAUAUGGAUCAAGAAGGACCAUUGGUGUCCUUUUGGCAAUUCACAGGCCUAAGGAGCAUCUGGGGGAGAACAAAUUCCAUCUGCAGGUUCAGAGAAGGGCCGAUGCAUGCAUCAGUCGGCAAGGCAUGAAAAAAGGGGCAGAGUUCACACACUGCAGAUUGACUUUUUUGAUCUCCCCUCCCUUAAGGUCUUCUCUGCUGUGGUCCUCUGGACCUGGCCAAGGAUGCAGGAAGGGCAGUGACCUCAAGAGAAAAAAAAUUGCUGGUCAACGUGUCUCUUUUAACUGGAAGGCUGAUCACCCCUUCACUCCUCCUCAUUUAUUUUGCCCAUGUAUGUUUUAAAAGCUUGCUUCCUUUUUAUUGUAUGUCAGUUGAUGUGGCUUUGAGAAGCUGCAGUCAGCAAAACACUUUAAAAAACAGCAAUAAGAGGUGCG